AUGGCUAAAAGUGAACUAUAUGACUUUGCAGUUGAAGCUGGGCAGUCGACUGAUGAUGAGGGAGGUGAGAUAGAUGUGGAUGAGGGCGUGUUAGGUGGAAUAGACGCUAAGUGUGACAAUGGAAUUGUCAGUUACAAAUGCAGUCAUUUAUGCAUGCAAUAUAUAAGGUCCAUAGUAAGCAAGUUAGUUAGUCCCGCCUAUAAUCACAACUCAUUCCAUCUUCGGCUCCGCAACCCCUCUUCACUGCAUGACAUUCGGCUCCAAGGCCUUGUAAAAUCGCUAUACGAUGAGCUAUCUGCCUCUAGGUUUGAAAAACUCAAGCAUGGGUUUCAGGUUCUCCCGCACAUUUCAUGCCCUAGCACUUUUAAUACAGGAGCCAGCGAAACUGACGAGGAAUGUGGUAGAAUACCGCAUAUUAUGGCAGAAAUUGGAUAUGCCAAUAGAUUGGAAAAUGUCAUGUUUGGUGGGACCUUCGACAGAUUGCAUUAUGGGCACAAAUAUACGAUUUUAUGCUCGUUCAUGAUGGCCAAAUCGCACUUGUAUUUGGGAAUCAGUAAAUCACACCAACUCACCGCUGAUAAGUUGUAUGGUCAUUUAAUUCAACCAUAUCACGAACGGCUCUAUAAUAUACAAAAGUAUAUCACUGAUAUUUCGGACCUCACCAGUACGCCUGUUAAAAUCAGCGUAUUUGACCAUUAUGUAGAGCCACAGCAGUUAACCCCUAGAGUAGGUCAGCUGCAAAUUGUAAUUUUCCCCAUUUUGUCGCCUAUAUUCCCUGCGGAAAUCGCAAACUCUGAGUUUGUCCUCGUGGUCACUGAGGAUACGUUCAAAGGCGGAAGGGCCGUCAACGACGCCAGGAAGCGGCGCGGUUUGCUCCCUUGGCCAUUGGUUCAAUUGCCUCUGGUUGGAAUCCCAGUGAUUUCAAGCACCAAACUUAGAGCCCCUGAAGCUGUGCAUUCCAUCUAG